UCGGUCCUUUUGUAAACAUGGAAAGUCCCUUCGCUGAGAAUAAACUGUGAAAUACACUGAGCUGUAUUAACUUACCGAGGUCCUUGCUAUCCGUUAUAUUCAUGCAUUUAGCCGUGGCAAAGAUACUCUAUCCCAACACCAAACAUUCUAUACGGGUAUUUGCGGGAGCUUCGAAAGGUUCCUCUUUAUCUGCUGCUGCUGCUGUCGGCUCUUGUUGCUCGGCAUCUCGUCACCGAAAUUACACCGCUGUCAUCAACUUCAAGCAUCCAUUCUUACACGCAUCUGCUAGUGGACCUGGAUUAUUAACAUCAAAAGUUUGCAACAUGGAAGACUUCUUGCCCCCAAGUCUCCGCCGGUUUUACACUGAUGAACCAGCCUCGGGUUCCCUGGCUAAAGUCAAGAAAACAAGAGCUCUCUAUCUCAACAAGACACUGGAUGAGAAAGCAGAGGAGGCGAGGUGGUAUAGGCAGGACCUGGUAGACCUAAGAGAAGUCUUGACAUGGCCAGACUACGCAGAGGACAUGGGACUGGACACUCCCCAAGCAAAGAAGUCUACAUCAGCAGCUAAAUCAGACCUUAAUAACAGAGUGAGUGUAUGGCAGGGAGAUAUCACAAAGUUAGAUGUGGACUGCAUCGUCAAUGCAGCUAACAGAUCUCUACUAGGAGGUGGGGGAGUUGAUGGAGCCAUACACCGUGCCGCUGGGUCUAAUCUUCUCCAAGAAUGUAAAAAAUUAGCUGGGUGUGAAACAGGAGAUGCCAAACUCACUGCAGGUUAUCUAUUACCGUCUAGAUAUGUUUUGCACACGGUAGGACCGAUGGUGUACGGCCAACCGAUGACCAACCACAGAGAAGACCUAACCAGUUGCUAUGCAACGUGCCUCCACCAAAUCCUAGAACACAACAAACACAACCGAUCAAAGCUAGAGUCGGCCAAGAGAAAAGAGGAUGCUGGGAAGGGAGACGAGGGCACGGAAGACGAGAAAGACGACAAAGAGAAAGAGAGCAAGGAGGACGCUUCGGCCAAUGGGAGGCAAGCGUCGGAAGAAGAGGGAGACAGUAAUUUCAAGACGCUCCAGGAGGAUCUGGAAACGGUGGAACCCUUAAUUCGCUCAGUUGCCUUCCCCUGUAUAUCAACAGGAGUGUAUGGUUACCCACAGGAAGAGGCCAGUAGGGUGGCACUAGGAACGGUCAGAGAAUGGCUUGAAGAAAACCCAGAGGAGGUGGAUAGAAUAGUGUUCUGCAUAUUUCUAGACAGGGAUUUGAAGGUCUAUGAGAGACUGCUCCCCACUUUCUUCCCAUUAGAAGGUACAUCGCCGAGUUCAAGAACGGAAGAAGAGGACGAGACUUAGUCCCGCACUACAAACCUUACAAUGCUUUCAACCAAUGCAGCGUUUGCCCCGCCCCAGAGGGGUUGUGAUUGUACAGACAUCCAAAUAGAAAGGAGAAGUGAUUGCAAAGUCACAUCUAGGCCUGUAACACAAAGAUAACUUAGCAAUAGAUUGCUAAUUUGCAAUGAUGUACAAUCACUUGUUGGUACAAUCAAUCGCUAAGUUUUGUUGUACAGGCGCCAGAUGUGCGAAAGUCAACAAGGAGAACGGAUCUUGUUGUAGAGGAGCAAGAAAUGAUGGAUUCUCCUUUUAUUAAAGUACUUCCAAUGAUACACUUUACUUUAUAUCUCUUUUGCUGUAGGAAGCGGGCUCCAAAUGAAAUAUGUCUGCUGUUUAAGAUGGUAAUCUUAAGAAAGGUUUUUACUUUUGAUGCAUUCUGCAAGUACAUGUAUCUGAUAUUUUUCUCUCUCUGUUUCUUUUUAAAUUCAUAUUCAUGAUCUGCAAAAAAGUGGUUAAAAGUGAAAUACGACUUUUAAAGUUUUAUUGGUGUUUUGUGGUAUAUUGCUCUGUACUUUUCAACACUUGAUAGAAAUCAUCAGCCUUACCAUCUGCAUCAGUUAGAAACAUGUUAAUAUUUCUACUAUCAAAUUAAUACUUGUCACAUUCAUCUUUCUCAUCUCUUUUUGCUUGCUGCUAUUAAACAUAAGGAAAUCAAGCUCUGAUUAGAGUACACUGAUGAAUGCAAUAUCAUAAAUGCUUUCAUAUAUCAUAAAUGAUUUCAUGGGUACCUGAAAAAUAUUAUUUAAUUUGUUUUCAAACCAUAGGAAUUUGCUGAUAUUGAAGUGGGCCAUGUGAAAAUGAUAUUUUAAAAUAUUUAGUUGAAAGUCCAUCUCUUUUUUACAAUUUAUUUAUGCAGUACAAAAUGCUCAGGAGAUCAUGUAAGAAAUUGAUGUUGUAGAAAUCAGAUAUGAGUAAUGAUUACCUCAGUUUGUCUUUGAAAUACACUCGGACUAUGCUAUUAAAUAAUUGUGCAAAG